UAAGUCACCAGCGGACUGCUGGCAGGACCCCUGCUACCGUUACGGCUCGAUACACGAGCUAGCGUUAGCAACGCAGCAGGAGCUGCAUCACGGAGCGCCGAACCGCCGCUGCAAAAAACACACGCGUUUAUUAUCCACACCAGGUAAGAAAAGGCGGUCUGCUAUGCUGAACCCGGCCAACGGCGACCCGAGCCACGCGGUGGUGAACUAUGUGGAGGAGUACUUGGACCUGGUGGAGUCACUACCCUUUGACCUGCAGAGGAGCGUGUCCCUGAUGAAGGAAAUUGAUGCCAAGUAUCAAGAUGUCCUGAAGGAGCUUGAUGAUGCUUAUGAACGGUAUCGCCGAGAAUCUGACUCACUUCAGAGGCGAAAGCUCCAGUUAUCCAUUCAGAGAGCGCUGAUACGUAGUCAAGAGCUCGGCGAUGAAAAGAUCCAGAUUGCUGGACAAAUGGUGGAGUUGGUUGAGAACCGAACACGACAGAUGGACUGGCAUUCUGAACUGCUUCUUUCCUCUCAAGAAGUCCCCGAGAGUCACGUUCCCACGGCAACCGCCAUGGCAGCCACCGCAGUGUCCUUAAUGUCGGCGGCCACGGCGGCAGCGGCGGCGUCCACCGUUACGCCCGGCAAAACGGGCCACCUCGAAAAGAAGCGCGACGAGGUCACGCCGAGCUCAGCCGCCGGAGACAAGGCGGGAGGGAAACGCUCCAGACGUCAGAAAAACGGAGAAAACCGGGAAAGCUACGGGGGUCUGGAUCAGGCGGAGGAAGUGGGGGCGGGCGCAUCCCGGGAAAAGAGGGCCAAGACCUCCUCAAAGAAGAAGAAAAGGUCCAAAGGCAAAUCUGAAAGAGAAGUGUCCCCCCCAGACCUGCCCAUCGACCCGGAUGAGCCCACGUACUGCCUGUGCGAGCAGGUGUCCUACGGGGAGAUGAUCGGCUGUGAUAACGACGAGUGUCCCAUCGAGUGGUUCCACUUCUCAUGCGUCGGGCUCCACCAUAAGCCAAAGGGCAAGUGGUACUGCCCCAAGUGUAGGGGGGAGAAUGAGAAGACCAUGGACAAGGCCUUAGAGAGGGCCAAGAAGGAGAGGGCGUACAACAGGUAGCUCGUCGCGUCGGCCCAAUGAACACUUAUUCAGUAAAGGAUUUAUUUUAUGUUUCGUCUUUGUUACCAUUCAGCAGCAAAAAAAAAAGAGAGAAAGAAUUGAGAAAUGUUGUAAAUAGUUAUUUUUGUAACUUCUGUAUGGCUGAGAAACUAGACUGUUGCCUCGUUGUUGAAACUAUUUGUAAAGAAUGGACACAUUACAGGACAACCUGCAUGUAAGUCACUGCCCCUUUGUUUUCAUCAUGCAUGCAACAUUCCCCCCCUCUACAUCUGCUGAAGUCAUUUCACAAAUAAAAUGUUUCUAAAUGAAUAA